GUGAUUCUCACAGCAAGAAUACUGUUAUAACCUGUACGUUGUGAUGCUAUUUCGAAAACUGCAAAUAUAACACUUAUUAACAAACAACAGACAAGGUUUUGACAACCAUCACCUGGCUUUUGUCCAUCAUCGUCUCCAUCUACUACACCUUCCACUCCCCUCACGAUGGCGUCUGGGCUCGUCGUAGGAUAUGGCGUCAGAACGAUGCGUAUAACACCGCCUUCCAGAUGAACCACAUCAUCGCCAGCAUCUACUGGAUCGUUCUCUUCAUCUUCCAGGGAGUCUACAUCGGCCACCUCUUCUCCGGCAAUGUAGAGAAGGCAAACCAGGCAUGCUCAGUGGGAAGCCACUUCAUUCUCAACAACCUGCUCCACUUCGGCUUCGUCAUGCUGUUUGUGCGUUCGUAUUUCGGUUGGGCCGAGUUGUUCAUCAUCCUCAACUUUAUCAACCUGUCGUCCCUGUACUUCCGCCACCCAGGCUAUGCUCGCUUCAUUCACCAACCCACUGUCUCAGGCCCCUUAGCCUGGACCUUCGUGGCAAUCUACUGGAAUGGUGCCAUCAUGGUCCCCCACCCGGCCUCGCUUGUUGCGCGCAUCUUUGGCAAUAUCUUCAUCUGGUCGAUCCUCGUGUACGGGCUGUUCUUCAUCGUCAUAUACAAGGAUUACACCAUGGGUUUCAACCUUAGCGUUUUGUCUGCUGCCAUUGGGGUGUCCCAAUUCUUCCGCCAGGUGAUUGCGUUCCAGUGGAUCUUUGCCUUUAUCAUCAUGGCAAUUCUCUUCAUUGCGACGAUUGUGGUCGCUAUUCCCGCGGCUACUGGCAGAGGUUCCAAGGCCCCGGGUGCAGGUAAUGGAGACACCGAGCGAGCACCCCUCCUUGGUGAGAAUUAGAAAGAAUCAUCUUUUUCUUUUUCUUUAAUCCAAAAAGCAAAGAAGAAAAUAUUUGAAAAAGGUGUUGGACACGAUUUCAUAUGGCUUGCGAAUGCUUGCGAAUGAUGGAGAUUGUAAUGCAUUGUUGGGAGGAAAAAGUGAUAACUUCCCGCUCAUUUGGAUACUGGGCGGUGCCCCGUACAACUGUCCUUUCAAACAACCCCUAUUUCAAAAUUUGUGUGUAAUGGCGUUGGUGAGGAGCGGGAUGUACCAGAUUUCAACUGUUUGUAUGCAAUGUGGAAUU